AUGAAAGGCAUUAAAAAGAGAGUCCUGGCUAGCGAUCGAAUCAAGAAUGGGGCUCAUCCGACCAGACACGCAGAAGCAGCGGCGGGAAGUGCCUCGCGAGGCAAUGUUGACUGCCACCCGGAACGGGCGAAUCGACAGUUACAGCCAGACAGACAAUGCGCAGCUAACGGGAAAGAUACCCACCGAAUGCCACAACAUCGGAGCGGUCGAUCAACGCAUCUCAUGCCACGAACGGGUCAAACCAGUCGGAAUGGCAUGCGGAAGAAGAGGCAACGUACGUGCCAAGUGCGGACCAAAACCAACAAGGAAUGA